AUGGGAAUUUUCAUAUGCUAAUUAAACCUAAAAAACUUACUCAAUUAUAGAGAUGGAGAAACAUCUUCUAUAAAAUAAAUAAGAAUUAUUGACUACUGUCAUCACAUAAUUACUCCUUCUUUUUUCCGAAUACCCAUUUCAUUUUUUUUAUAGCCAUCUUAUUUCAUUAUUCUCUUAGGUAAAUUACUAUUUAUUUAUGCAUCCUUAUUAAAAAAUACUAUUGCUGCUUCAAAACUAAUAACCUGA